AAUUGCGACUUGCGGAAGCUCCCACCGCUCAGAGUGAGAAUGUCCUUUGUGCAAUGCGGUUCAGUCGCCGAGGACCAUGACCGCUGAGCUCGCAAAAGGACGGUCGGUGGAAAAUCCAUUUUAUUCGGACCAAUCCGUGCAGUUAAUUGCCGUGUGGAAAACCUAGCAGCUGCUGUUAUAUAGUGAGUGGAUUUUAAACAUGCCCAAGUGAUACAUCGAUAAUGAAUAAUCUAGUGAAGAGGUGUGGAUUUUCCUUUCGUCGAAGCGCUGUGAAGCAAAAGGGAAAAUCAAUCGCGAAAAGGUGAAUCACAAGCGGAUGUGAAGUUUUUCCGUGACUCGAUUCAAGUUCGAGACGGAAAAUGAGAUAAAAUCUGAAGGAUAAUUGAUGGUGCCGAAGGUCACAUUCACGGUUCACAGUGCUUUCAGUGAAGUGUUUGACGCUUUUUUUGGAUACGACGCAUAAUGUGAAACAGAUGAAAAUGAAUGAUAAAUGUGUAAAUCUGCUGAGCUAAAAGUGAAAAUUGUGUUUCUUCAAGAAGAUUAAAAAAAUUGAAGAUAAAAAAGCGUACGCCAGCAAGUAUCAGUGGUGGUGGUGAGAGUCAUUGUUAUAGUCUGAGUUGUGAAUCGGAUGCUGGGUAUCCGGACGCACGGCACAUAGCAGAUCCUGUAGCGAAGCGUGUCCUGCCGAGUCGGAGCGAAGGAAACCAAAUUUGAGCAAAAGCAAUGUUCCACCAGCAUGAGAUCCGGCAACGAAUCCGACUGGGAGCCCCUGCUCGAAACGGAUGCGAAAAGCUCUUCAUCAUCGAGGCGACCUCCCGCUGGUUCCUCCGGUCCAGGAGCAGGCACAUGCACCACUAAUAGGCGCGACAACAAAAGCCACAACCAGCACCACCAGGAGAAAUGUGGCCGUAUCAAGCUUGGGGUGUUGGUGGCGCUAGUGUUCAUCACCUUCUACCUGUCGCUGUCGACGAUCAGCAUACGGCCGGUGGUGCACCAGAUGGUGGUCACCAUACCGGACGAUGACGAAGACCUUCCAGGACCAAGAGGCCUAGCCUCGCCCAAAGUAGUAUUUGAAUCCUCAACCAACCAAAUCAUUCCCGUUAUUCCAAACUCGAUGAUGACCAACAACCCCCGCGUGGUGCUCAAACUACAACAACCGAAACAUUUCUCCAAUGAUGCUGAUGAUAAAACUCCGUCUACGUUCCCAUCUACGACGACUUCCAACGCCACGACCAACGCAGUGCCAAAGGGAUUUCUAGUCUGGGGCCCAGGAUGCAAGAUCCUGGAUUUGGAUCCGCUGGCGGAUGACGUAAUGCGGCUGUUCCACAAGGAGCACUUCGUGCCCUGUUCGGCGAAGAAACCACUCACCACUAUCGAGCAAGCUAUGCAGACGACGACGACAACGACGACAUCAUCUACGAAGUCUACGCUCGAGAACGAUACGGUUGUGUUGCGGUUCCACAGGGAUCGCAUUGCGUCGCAUCUGCCGCACUACAUGAAGUACAUCGAAUGCUGCUACCAGAGCAUCGAACGAUCCGGGAUCAACGAAAAGGCUGAUAACAAAUUUAAUUUAGGUGAGUGUAAAUAUUUCUCCCACGAUGUCCUACUGCCCCCGAACGUCACUAAUGGGGUGAUGGUUCGCUGCAAAGGUAGCGUAUCGCCCACCAGCAAGACUCGCAAAUCGGUCUACACCAAUGUGCAUGCCUUUAUUCGAGCCAAGCCGGCAGUACAGGAACGGCUAGAACGAUUCCGUGACAGCUACAAACAACGACCGCUCAGUGUGCUGAUGGUUGGAAUCGAUAGCAUCUCGCGGCUGAAUCUCAUCCGAGCAAUGCCCCACACCGCACAACACCUGUACGAUACGGGGUGGUUCGAGCUGAAGGGCUACAACAAGAUCGAUGACAAUACGUUCCCGAACCUGAUGGCGAUCUUGACUGGGUACAACAGCACUUUGGCUUACGAUAAGUGUAAUCCGCGUAAAGUAGGUCAAUUGGAGACAUGCCCGUUCGUGUGGAACAUGUUCACCAACAGCGGAUACGUAACGGCCUACGCGGAAGAUGAGGCCAGUAUCAACACGUUCAACUACCACAAGUACGGGUUCGUCAAACCUCCCACGGAUUACUAUCUAAGACCGAUGGCACUGGCAGCGGAGAAAAAUCUAGUGAAGAAGACCAAGAACUCUCUAACCAUGUGUCUGGGCUAUGAAACCUACGCAGACUUCAUCUACAAAUAUGCGUUGGACUUUGCUACGUUCUACAAGGAUGAGCCCAGCUUCGGACUCUUUUGGACCAACACGUUCAGUCACAACGACAUCAGUGAUCCAUCGUCCAUGGAUCUACGAAUUAGAUACUACCUAGAACAGUUAGAUGAGCGAGGUAUUCUGAACAACAGUAUGGUAAUAUUCUUUAGUGAUCAUGGGCUGCGUUUCGGGGCGGUUCGAUCUCUGCUGACCGGAUGGCUCGAAGAGCGACUUCCUUUCAUGUUCAUGUGGUUGCCGGAAUGGUUCAAAGAACAGCACCCGGAAGCGGUCCAAGCACUGAAAAUCAACCGAAAUCGACUGACAAAUCCCUAUGAUCUCCACGCAACGCUUAAGCAUAUCCUGGAGCUUUCGGAACGUGUCGACAACCUUCCGGCUCCUUUCAGUUGUCCAAACUGCCAGAGCAUAUUCCAGGAAAUGCCCUGGAACCGUUCCUGCGAGGAAACGUCCAUCGCACCGCACUGGUGCACCUGUUCAAACUUCGAAAAGAUCGACAAAAGCUCCAAAAUCGUUCACGAGGUGCUGAGCUAUGUGAUCGACUCGAUCAACAAGGAUCUGGAGGAUCAUCAGAAAAAUUUAACCAAGAAACUUUGUGCCAAGAUUCAGCUGAAAUCGAUCUCGCUGGCCAAGGUGGCCAGAUAUCCGGACGCUGCCGAACCGCACACGGACUAUCUGUUGAUAUUCGAUGCCAAGCCCGGUUCGGGCAAGUUCGAAACGACGGUCCGCCAUUACACGAACCGGGACCAGCUCAAAAACCCGUUCGAGGUUACCGGAUCGAUCAGCCGGCUGAAUGAGUACGCUAGUCAGAGCGAAUGUAUGCACGUGGAUUACCUGAGAAAGUAUUGCUAUUGUUUGCGAAGGAAGGGUGGGUAGAUUGGGUGGUGUGGGAGGGGCGGUGGAUUAAUAUGUAAAGUUAUUGUGACAAUAAGUGUGUAAAGUUGUUUAAGGCAAUCAAAAGUAAUGCCUAGCGCACAGAUCUUAAGUUUAGCAAAACUCUCUUGAAUCUUAUUAAAUUGUUUUUUUUUUUUUCACAAAUAAAAUUCACUUUUCUUUUAUCAAUUUUGUGUAAUUUUUAAAUUCGUUUUAAAAUUUUGAUCGCCAGUAGAACAUUAUGAAAUAAGUAAUAUGUAGCUUUUAUAUCCUAAUGCCCAUUCAUGUGAUUAAUAUAAAACUGGGUUUGAAAAAAUACCUAACCGUUGAAAAUUCCUGCCAUUCAAUUCAUAAAUCAAGUUUUUUUGUAAUCUUAAACUGUUGUGUUACAAUUAUAUAAUUCUUUUCGCUUUUGGAACAUUAUUGGGCUAACGUUGCAAUACUUGAGGAUCAUUCUCAUUAUUGAGGCCAAGAAAGGGUCAAAUAUAAUGUUCAACUAAAAUUCAGGUUUAUCCUUUGACGACAAAUUUUCAAGUAUUUUUAUGCCGAAACUGAAACUUUUACAAAUUAAGGUUUGGAAUUUGUAUACUCUUUUAUUCAUUUUCCAUUUCUUUCGAAUUGACAAAUUCGAAACUCAAUUCUCGUACUCAUUUCAAGAUAAUAUUAUUAUUAUUAUUGUCUUUAUUGGCGAGACUUUCAGCCCUUGGCUGGUUCGUCUCAUGAAAAUGGUGUUUCAAGAUAAUAACAAAAUACAGUUUAAUCCAAAAUGUCCGAACUUGUCAAAGUGAAUCUCAAGCUAUAUUUAAAAAUUUAACAAAAUUUCAUGUGUUGUUCAAAUUUACAUCUUCUAAACCAUUACACGAAGCCACAAAUCAACCCAAAUUUGAAAAAUUUUGACGCAAUUCGGCUCUUCCGUGGGAUAACCCAAUUAGGGUUAAAUGAUAUAUACCUAUCAUUAGGUUGUUUUCAUCUGACAGCGGCAAAAAAAAACAACCCAGUGCAAAAAAAAAUCUACCCAGUGUUAGCUUUUGAAGUCUCCAUGAUGGGUUAAAACAAUUUAACAUUAGGUAAACUCGAAAAAACCCAAAUUUGGCUUAUUCCAUUGAACUCCAACGCUGUGUCGGUGCGUCUCUCUUUGUUUUUUACAACAAUGCUGUUAAUAUUUUAAAUGCAAAGAAAAAGAAAAUUUUAUUUGAGUCAUCAAACUUUAUUGUUGAUUCGUCUUACCAGCAAAAAUUUUUAAUUCAAAGAACAAGCUCAUUUAUUUCUAUAAACAAUGUCGUUUAUUCUGAAAAUGCAGAAAAAUAACAGCUGAAGCAAUAGCAGCAGGAGAUAUUGUCGAAACAAAAAUUCUGAUUUAUUGAACCAACAAAGUUUUUGAAUUGAUUUAACAAAAGCACGUGCUUCGAAACAAAAAUUUAUAUAUGUUAUUUUCAUGAUAUGCAUUUUUUUAUGAAUUCAACAAAGAAAACAGAAUUCAUUUUUAGCUUUACUCAUGUUAUAUUAAUCUGUUUGCAUAAGUUAUUACAAAAGCACAGAAAGUUAAACCUUUUUAGAAUGUAAUUGCCUAUAAGCAUCUGUUUUUUAUUUCGUCUAAGGUUCGCGUAAUUUUUAUUUGAUAAACGCAAAAUGACGAUUGUUUUUAUUCAAUCAUUCAAGAUUGUUGACUCCAUGAACCAAAAUUUAAAAAAAAAACCUUGAAGCUAAACACGAACCGCAAUAUUGUAUUCUACUUUAAAUUUUGUUGCUUCAAAUAUAAGGCUUUAUUGAAACUAACAAAUAAAUGGAUUAAUUCAAUACGUUCAAAACAUGUUGAUUCUAAUAACAGUGAUUUUUUAAUCAACUCUACAAUAUUGUUCUGCGAGUGCAACUUGCAAUAAUUUUUUAUUGAUUUUGUUUAGCAAUUUUUAAAGAACUAGCUAGUGAAUUCAUUUGAGACAUAAUUACCGCAGUUUUCAAAAAGUUUUCCGUAAAAAAAAUCUAGGAUACCUCCAAGAUUUUUGGAAAGAAAUUAAUGGUGAAAUCACUUAAAAUUUCC